AUCACUGCAAACAUCUUGCAGAAAUGCACUCAUUUAGAGAGAUUGAUGAGCAGAGAGGGACGGAGACAGACAGAAGCAUGAGGACAGAUAGAGAGAAGUCAGAGAGAGACACAGUAGUACAGAGGGAGAGAUGAUUAUGCCAUAUAUGUAUCUGCUCCAAACGUUUGGCUUAUUUAUGGAUGCACAGAAAGAAAAAUCUGAAGCCAAGAAAAUACGACACAGGUCAAACUAAGGAAUUCAAACAAGUAAAGGACAUCACUGAAAUAAUAAAUCAGGACGACAAAAACAGACCUGCGACAGAAACUGGUCUGAGGAUGUGGACGAUUGUGGGUGUGGUCUGUCUUUCUCAGUGCAUUAUGGGUCAGCUACUGGAGGCCAGGACCAAGGGAACCCUGCCUCAGUUUAUUUGCAGUAUUCCAGGUGUGCCAGGAGCCCUGGGAAAGACCGGACCCCCUGGGCCUCGUGGAGAGGAUGGCUAUGUCGGAAUUCCAGGAAGAGAUGGGAGGGAUGGACGCAAGGGGGAGAAAGGAGAAAAAGGAGAACCAGGCCUCAGAGGUAGAGUUGGGCCGACGGGAAAGCUCGGGGAACGUGGAGAGAGAGGUUUCAUUGGAAAGCGUGGACCUGAAGGUGAUCCUGGAGAUUUAGGGCCUCCUGGUCCUCUGGGACGUCUCGGACUAAAGGGUGACAAGGGCCAACGAGGUCCUCCAGGAGAACCAGGCAUCUGCAGAUGUGGAAGUUUGGUUCCCAAAUCCGCUUUCUCUGUAGGCAUCACCAGUAGCUACCCCACUGAGCAAGCACCUAUCAAAUUCAACAAAGUCCUGUUUAAUGAGGGCGGCCACUACAACCCAGAGACGGGAAAAUUCAUCUGUGCUUACCCAGGAACAUACUACUUUUCUUAUGACAUCACUCUGGCCAACAAGCACCUGGCCAUUGGCUUGGUUCAGAACGGACAGUACCGGAUAAAGACUUUUGAUGCCAACACAGGGAACCAUGACGUGGCGUCUGGCUCAACAGUCAUGUUUCUCAACCCAGAGGAUGAGGUGUGGCUGGAGAUCUUCUACAAGGACCAGAACGGCCUGUUUGCUGACCCCGGCUGGGCUGACAGUCUGUUCUCUGGGUUUUUACUUUAUGCAGAUACAAACUAUAUGGAUACAUUGGCAGAAGACUACAGCUAGCAACUGUGGUAACAUCAUUUAA